AUGUUGUUGUUUGCGCUCCUCACACUCGUUUUUACCCCGAUACACCUUGCGGUCGCUCAAAGCUAUCAACUUCACCCAGUGAUCGGCUCGGGCUUACUUAACGCAUCAUCAAGCUGUCAAUCGGUCUUUAGUGCGAAUGUGACCUGUGUCAACAGUAUUGGACAACUCUAUGCGAACCCAUUCUACGAUCCUGGAGAUACAGAGUUAACAGCACUCUGCACAUCGGCUUGUGCGUCAUCCUUGGAUCGUCAACGGACCCGUGUCAAAGGAGCGUGCCAAGGUGCGCAAUACUACGACGAAUAUGAAGACACAUACUGGCUUCCGCAAUAUCCGGACGAAUUCAUGCUCUAUGCCUACAACGUUGCUUGCCUCAAGAGAAGCACUGGAGAGUUUUGUACAUCGUACCUGCGUAAUCUCAAGACAGCAGCAGACUGCGACGAAUGCAUUAUCAAGACUUUCCAGUUGCAGGUAAACUCUCCAUUUGCAGUAGACGAUGGUGUACGCCAGAAUUAUGCCUCUCUUACCUCAUCAUGCAAAGCCACUCAGUAUCCCACCACUGUUGCAACGUCUUUGUUACUCAGCACACCCACACCAACGGCAACUUGCAGCGGCACUACCUAUGUCAUCCAACCUACGGACACAUAUCGAAGUGUAUCUCAAAAGCAGUCUGUUUCGACAGACCAUCUGCUCAGUUCGAAUGGAUUGCCCUAUAACAUGACAUCCUUCCCGAAAUCAGGAUCUUUUUGUAUCUCGAACCGAUGCAAGACGUACGUUCUUGCUCAGAACGACACUUGUACCUCGGUCGCCGCUAAGACUUCUAUCUCCACUGUUCGUCUAAAAGCAUGGAAUGCAAAUAUCAAUGAGCUCUGCAGUAACCUCGCACGUUUUACUGGCGACACAAUUUGUAUUAGCAAUCCCUACGGAGACUUUUCAAUGCCCGACACUCCCACAGCAACACCGGUUGAGACACCAGCACCACUGCCGACGGACCUUGGUAAUGGUAUUGCUCCAAAUGUGACAUCACGUUGUGGGAAGUACUACAAGGUCGACGUUGGAGACGAUUGUUCUACGGUAUCUUUGAAAUUCAACAUUGCCGCAAAAGAUCUCGUCUUUCUGAAUCCUAUGCUGAACGGGAAUUGCACCAAUCUUUGGCUCAAUUACACAUAUUGUGUCCAGCCAGUUGGAGACAUCAAUGCCUACCCAGGUUAUGGUGCAGGUCCUACUGCUACAUUACCGCCGUUCACUGCAGGGCCAAAGACGUCUCUUUCAUGGGUCGAUCCAGCGCCAACACUUGCACCUGGUAACAUCAUCAUUCCGCUGGCGAACGACACUCGUGUGGACUGCCACAACUAUAUGUGGAUCAAUGGCACCAACUCCGAGUCCCUUGACUGCUGGAGCAUUGCAGAAGCUGCUGGCUUACAACGCGAGCAAUUUGCGUUGUGGAAUCCAUCAAUUGACAAGAACGCUGCCGGAGUGGAGGAUCGGAGUUACAACUACGAUUGUGCGCUGCAGACGAGCAUGUCAUACUGCAUGGGCAUUGCCGCACCCACUCCUUAUUGGAAAGCUAUCCCCACGGCUCGGAAACCUCCGUCACCACGCGCAUCCGGCGAGAUUGCUAAUUGUCUUUCCUGGAUGCAUGUCAAUACGCAACUGAAUUGUGGUGUUAUGUUAGGAAACUUCGAUCUUGCGAUGAGUGAAUUCUACACAAUGAACCCAUCGGUCGGUGCAGAUUGUUCGAAUCUGUCGUUGGGAUCCUACUAUUGCAUUGGGACGCCCGAUAUACCUGCUAUAGAUGGGGACAUAUCCAUUACGCCAAGUCCAACAUCCACCAAACCGCCCACAGCCAGUGGCACACCCUCGCCUAUACAGGACGGCAUGGUAUCCGGCUGCACGAAGUUUUACCCCGUAGUAGCGAACGAUGGAUGCUGGGCCAUUGCCAACCAGAAUUCUAUCUCUCUCGAUGACUUCUAUGCCUGGAACCCGGCUGUCGGCAAAGAUUGCGCAACUCUCCAGCCGAAUUACUACGUUUGCAUCGGUAGAGCAUCCACUACAACGUCCCACGCGACCACCACACGGCGCCAGGGCCUACGCAAAGCGGCAUCCCGGCGAAUUGCAACAAGUGGGUGGCACAAAAGGAUGGAGUUUACUGCUACGAUAUGGCGCAGGCAGCUGGCAUCUCGUUGGAUAGACUUUAUGCACUGA